AUGUCCACCUCGGUACCGUCUAUCAAGAGCACUUAUUUCAAACCGUUUUGCGGCGCUCGUGGCAGAGCCAUGGAGCUCUCGCCGGGGCCCCAAAGCGUCGAACACGGCCAGUCAGGGCCUCUUCCUUUACCCCCCGACAUUGACCCCCGGGCCGUCGAAAUGCAAGGCCGUGUGGGCCCGCCUCCUCCCUCCAAGAAACGAAAACGUGAGCAGGAGGUGGUGGAGCCGCUUGUCAGCCCAUGGCUCGCGACAAUACCCAACACCUCGAUCAUGAGUUUGGAUCAGAGGAUGCAUUGUGAAAUCGCUACCUUCGUGGACUACGUCCAACAGACCGCACAGGAGAGAAUCGCGCGAGAUAAUCUUCUGGCGGUUUUACAGAGGACCUUGCGGUCUCGUUUGCCUGAUGGCGAAAUCAAGGUCCAUGGCAGCGCGGUGACUGGACUGUCUCUUCCUGGCGCAGACCUCGAUCUGGUCAUGGUGACCAAGGAGGAAAUAUCCGCUACUGAAAAGAAACGCGCGUUCUACUUGAUUACUUCGAUGCUGAAGAGCGCACGAAUCUCGGACGACGUGUUCUUCCAAGCUAGAGCCAGAGUACCCAUCGUCAAGUUCAAGACCCUUCCGGAAUACGGGUCUGUGAAUGUUGAUUUGGGGAUCAAUAACACUGACGGAGUCCGUGCGGUCGAGAUCGUCAACGGUUACAUGUCCACCAUGCCAGCUCUUCGGCCGCUCGUUAUGGUCGUGAAGGCCUUUCUCGCGCAACGCGGGUUAAACAAUCCAGCCACAGGCGGAUUGGGCAGCUAUGCUGUAAUUUGCAUGUGCAUUAGCUUUCUUCAGCUGAAUCCCAGUCAUCGACCACAAGAUUAUCUUGAUAAACCUUUGGUAACCGAAUCACUCGGUGCACUGUUGGCCGACUUCCUAUUCUAUUAUGGCCUUCAUUUUCCUUAUACCACGUCAUACAUAUCAGUAACGCUCGGAAAGGUCAUGCUCAAACAGUCGGCUGAUUGGACAGCAAGUAAAAAUCCCGACGCGCUCGUGAUCCAGUGUCUCGUCAAUCCAACUAACGACGUUGGGAGACCGACACGUCAUAUUGAGACUGUCAAAAAGGCUUUCAAGGAAGCAUACGCCCAAAUUCUUCAGCUAUCCAAGGAAGAUGAGAGUCUGCUCACUCCUUUGUUCGCUCUGAAGAAAUCGAUGGUGGACCAGCGUGCGCAUAUUCACUCCCUGGUGGAUUCGGGAAAACUCGCCACCGGAAUGAUGCGCUCUUCCUCCUCGGCGUCUUCGGCAAGUUCUACUACUCAUAGAGAUCGUUUGGCAACCAUGAUACGGUCCUCAAAUGGUCGCAAAGUCGAAGGAGAACCGGAGGCAAAACGAGCUGCAGGCAAUAGAAAGCCGGAAGGCUCUUUACGGAGAGACCAAGCCAACGUUCCAUAUGGGAUGGGCUUUGGCUCUGGAUCGCUUUUGAGGCGGGUGGAAGAUCACGAGCGGGCAAAAGAUCGGAUGAGUCGCGAGCGGAGAAGCAGAAGUCCUUCGCCCAGAACAGAAUCAUCUCGUCACGGAAGAAGAACAGACGGAACCCGCAAAAGCUCUGUUGGAAUGCGUGCCUUCAUCGGAGCUGUACCGACUCGUCGCAUUGCUGACUCCGAGGUAUGGUUCGACUCAGAGUGGCCCCCUCGUCGAAACGAAGAUCGAAGUCGAAGCCGGAAACCAAGGGAGAGGGAUAAGGCGGAGGUUAUUGAACGAGAAGACGAGGGUGUGAAACGGCGACGAAUCAUCGAACCAUUCCGAUGA